AUGGGCGUCUGUAAGACCUACAGUACAGUUUUGUUGGAGGAGCCCUACGUGAGCGACCAGCCUCCUGUAGAGCCACAUGUGAGCUCCCAGCCUCCUGUAGAGCCCCAUGUGAGCACCCAUCCUCCUGUAAAGCUCCAUGUGUGCACCCAUCCUCCUGUAGAGUCCCAAGUGAGCUCCCAUACUCCUGUAGAGCCAAAUUUUAGCGGCCAGCCUCCUGUAGAGAACCAUGUGAGCAGCCAGCCUCCUGUAGAGCCCCAUGUGAGCACCCAGCAUCCUGUAGAGCCCCAUAUGAGCACCCAGCCUCCUGUAGAGCCCCAUGUGAGCACCCAGCCUCCUUGUGAGCCCCAUGAGAGUGGCCAGCCUCCUGUAGAGCCCAAUUUUAGCGGCCAGCCUCCUGUAGAGCCCCAUGUGAGCACCCAUCAUCCUGUAGAGCCUCGUGUGAGCAGCCAGCCUCCUGUAGAGCCCUAUGUGAGCGGCCAGCCUCCUGUAGAGCCCUAUGUGAGCGGCCAGCCUCCUGUAGAGCCCCAUGUGAGCAGCCAGCCUCCAGUAGAGCACCAUGUGAGCACCCAGCCUCCUGUAGAGCCCCAUGCGAGCACUCAGACUCCUGUAGAGCCCCAUGUGAGCACCCAGCCUCCUGCAGAGCCCCAUGUGAGCGGCCAGCCUCCUGUAGAGCCCCAUGUGAGCACCCAGCCUCCUGUAGAGCCCCAUGUGAGCACCCAUCCUCCUGUAGAGUCCCAAGUGAGCUCCCAUACUCCUGUAGAGCCCAAUUUUAGCGGCGAGCCUCCUGUAGAGAACCAUGUGAGCAGCCAGCCUCCUGUAGAGCCCCAUGUGAGCACCCAGCAUCCUGUAGAGCCCCAUAUGAGCACCCAGCAUCCUGUAGAGCCCCAUGUGAGCACCCAGCCUCCUUGUGAGCCCCAUAAGAGUGGCCAGCCUCCUGUAGAGCCCAAUUUUAGCAGCCAGCCUCCUGUAAAGCCCCAUGUGAGCACCCAGCAUCCUGUAGAGCCCCGUGUGAGCAGCCAGCCUCCUGUAGAGCCCUAUGUGAGCGGCCAGCCUCCUGUAGAGCCCUAUGUGAGCGGCCAGCCUCCUCUAGAGCCCCAUGUGAGCAGCCAGCCUCCAGUAGAGCACCAUGUGAGCACCCAGCCUCCUGUAGAGCCCCAUGUGAGCAGCCAGCCUCCUGUAGAGCCCCAUGUGAGCACCCAGCGUCCUGUAGAGCACCAUGUGAGCACCCAGCCUCCUGUAGAGCCCCAUGUGAGCUCCCAGCCUCCUGUAGAGCCCCAUGUGAGCAGCAAGCCUCCUGUAGAGCCCCAUGUGAGCACUCAGACUCCUGUAGAGCCCCAUGUGAGCACCCAGCCUCCUGCAGAGCCCCAUGUGAGUGGCCAGCCUCCUGUAGAGCCCCAUGUGAGAAGCCAGCCUCCUGUAGAGCCCCAUGUGAGCACCCAGCAUCCUGUAGAGCCCCAUGUGAGCACCCAGCCUCCUGUAGAGCCCCAUGUGAGCAGCAAGCCUCCUGUAGAGCCCCAUGUGAGCGGCCAGCCUCCUGUAGAGCCCUAUGUGAGUGCCCAGCCUGCUGUAGAGCCCCAUGUGAGCAGCCAGCCUUCUAUAAUGCCCCUCUACUUUCCAUGCUCCUUGUCCUCACACAAUACAUUAGAAUCUUGA